AUGGCGACCUCUAUACCAGUCGCUGUUCAACACUGUUUGAAGUGUGGCGCUCUUAACUGUGACGAAGUUUGUCCUUUUUACUGCAAUCCUUGUCAUCAACGAUUGUGUGAAGAAUGUAGAAAUCAAAACAGUACAGACACCAUCGGAUAUGACCAUCAGAUCCCUGUGGAAAAAUGUAAGCUCCAUCCGACUCGAUACGCAGAUAUCCUUUGUAAUGAAUGCAACAUUCCUCUUUGUUCAAAGUGUUCAACCAUGAAAGAGCAUCGAGGUCAUACAUUUAAUGACCCGGGGGAAACAUAUGCAGAAAAAAUUGAAUUUUGUCAUUAUGCAAUCUCCAAAAUUCAAAGAAAUCAUCUUCAAACUUAUCACCAUUUGAUAAAGAGAAAGGACAAUGACGCAGAAAUACGGAUGCUUAUAGAUGGCAUCAGACAAUCCGUAAAGACUGAAGCUGAAUCCUUAAAGGAGAUUGUAGAAAAGAUGACAUCAGACAAAUUGGAAUACGCCGAUGCGAUAGAAGAAACACUUUUUAAAAUUCUUAAAGCACAGGAAAAAUCAUUUGAAGACUAUAUUGUAUACCUAGAAAAAAAUUACAGGAAGUUUCGUGACCAUCUCUCUGUCAAGAAUUUCAAAGUUUUAUUAUUAACCAGUUUUGAGAAUUGGGUAAUCCAAUCCAUUCCAGAUAUAAAAAAUCCAGUUCCACCAAUAUUUACUGAAGGUCAAUUUUGCAAAGAUGAUGUUGCCAAGCUACUUGGAAGUAUUCAUUUUACUGAUGAUAAAAAAGGAAAAGCUAUGGAGACUGUCUCUACACGUUUAAAGCAGAACCAAAAAGACAAAGAGAACCAUUCUCUAAAACUAACAAUGCCACUGCAUUCUUCUCUUGUUAGGGUCAGAAAGUACAGAGUACCAGUUGUAGACCAUGUAUAUCAUAUAUCGUUGGAUAAUUGUGGCAGAUUUUGGGUCAGUGAUGGGAGUGGGAACAUUGUCCACAUGGAUGCACGAGGAAAUUAUCUUAAAAAUAUAAAAAGUAGUGGUAGAUUUGAGGGCCAUCACACAGUCACGCAGGACGGGAAUCUGAUCUUUGCAGACAGAAAGUACAAAGUCAUCAGAAUAAUAACAUUGGAAUAUGAAAUUACUAACUUCAUUAGAACAGGUGAGUGGGAACCUUUCAGCAUACACUCCUCCCACAUCAACGGGGACAUACUGGUGGGAAUGAUUAAGGGUAGAGAGGCUAAAGUCACCAGGUACAACAAGAAUGGAGAAGAAAUACAGAAUAUACAGAGAGACAACAAAGGACGGGAACUGUAUAGAAAUCCACACUACAUCACAGAAAACAUCAAUGGUGAUAUCUGUACAUCAGACUAUAACAAACAAGCUAUAGUGGUAGUAAAUAAAUCAGGACAACACAGGUUCUCCCAUAGAUUAAAAGCAAAGUUUUAUCCCUAUGGAGUAUGUACAGAUAUCCUCGGCCACAUAAUAGUUUGUAAUAUUUCCACAAACACUGUUCAUCUUCUAGAUCAGGACGGUCAGUUCCUGUCACUACUUCUUACACCACAACAAGGGGUAGACUAUCCUCUAAGUCUUUGCGUAAAUUUUGAGAACAACCUGUGUGUAGGACGAUGGAACUACACAGUGGAAGUGUACAAAUAUCUUUUUUAACACUCAUUAUGUGUCAGACACCUAAGACAUUCUGAUGCAUAUCAUCAUAGAGAAACAUUCUCACGAUUGAAGCUUUUUAGCGAAAGCUAUUUUUGAAAACUCUUCGAGAAUUCUAAUCAAAUUGCAAACAACGACAACAAAAUUUGUUAUUUUUGGAGAAAGUAAGCACUUAUAAGAACAAAUUAUACACUGUAUAUAUUAAUUAAGACUAUUUGUGCUUGUGUCCCUUUCGACCACACCUUUUCA